AUGCUUCUGAAUUCAGGAGAAGUUCCCGGGCUACAGUGGGUCAGCCAAGAAGACAAAAUUUUCUCCAUUCCCUGGAAACAUGCUUCCGGUAGAACAUGGAAAGGACAGGAUGCUGACCUUUUUGAGAGAUAUGCCAUUCAUACAGGUAAGCACACCAUCGGAGGGCAGGCUGACCACAAGCGUUGGAAAGCAAACUUCCGUUGUGCGCUGAACAGUCUGCACGACGUAGAAGAACUCCAGGACCGUAGCAUGAAGACCGGAGAGUUCGCUUACAAGCUCUAUCGCUUCUUGGAGGGCGAUGAGAAGAAAAGCAUUAAAAAAGGAAAGUUGAGCGAUCGUCGUCUGUCGGACUCCAGCGGGGGAGAUAUAGGGGACAUGUCAGAGGAUCAGAAUGUGGGAGAUGGAAGCAAUGCAGCCAAACAGGAAGUUGAUGAGGAUCAGAAGGCUACAGAUCUUUGCUUACCUCAUCCUCCAGAGAUCAAGGACCACAAUUACUCGUUUGUGAAGUCUGUCCCCCGCGUCUCUGUGAAUGAGUGUGUCCGGGUCAUUGAUGCUGAUGCUGUCCGUAAACUGCUAAACAAAGAUAUGAAGAAGAAGCCAGAUGGGGAUGAAGACGCGAAUGAGGAAGGUGGUGAAGAGGAGGAGUGCAUGAACCCAGAGAUUGAGGAUUCAGAGUUAUCUCCCUUAUCAAUUACCCACAGUUCCGCAGUGCUAUCCACACGCAAUUCCGUGGAUGAUACCAUUGAAGCUGUUGUCGAAGGAAGCCGUAGUUUUGGCGAAGCCAAUUUCGGAAUGGACAGGCCAAUUAAGUCGGAGUUGAUCAUAGAUGACAGGUCAGCUCAGUUCGUCAGUAACGUGAUGGAGGUGGAUACAAGUCCAGAAAUGAUCAUCCAAUCAGAAACAAGAGCUCGCAUUGCAUCUGCACAUUCGUUGGCCGCAUUGAGCGGAAUACCGAUUUCUAACGACCUGGCAGAGGAAGAAUCCAACUUAGCCGCCAGUAUCCUGUUGGAUUUGAGUCGUAUGAAAAGGAGGAGUUUGCAACCGAGACAAGCGAGCUUUGGAAACGAGCGCAUGGAAGAGGAAACUCCUCCCAGUGAGCAAGCCAACAGCAAGCCGGGAAAAGGAACGUGGGAUUCAAACAAUGACAACAGGCAGUCUGUUGCCACGGAGAUGAGCUCUGCUGGUGAGCCGUCUGAAGAACCUACCAACACUGUAGUUCCACUGGACCUUCGGAUUAAAACUGAGCCCAUGGAUGAAGCCUAUGAAACUUACAACAGUGACCUGUCUGGUGCCAUCUAUCGGUCACGCCAUGAGAAUUCAGACAGUGACGAUGAAGAGGAGACAUGUUUAGAGUUGACACCGCCUCCGGCGCACAGUUACAGUACACGGAUUUGGUCCACGUCAGACGACAGUCUUCCUCAACCUCUUGACCUUAGUGUCAAAGUUCACAAUCUCAUGCUGGUGGACUAUCAGGACAGCUCUCCGCAGACUUCAGUGUGCAGGCCAUUGUAUGGUAGCAAUGAAAAAAGCCAGAUGAAUUUCUCAUGCGAAGAACAGAAUGAUCCCUCGGAACCUUUAGAUCUACAGGUGAAAAAAGCGCAUCGCGACAUGAGAACUCCACCGUCUAAUGAGGCAAAUACACAGGUGUGUCACGGGACACCGUGUCCCAGUGAGCAGACCAUGCUUCCUCUGGACCUCAGCAUUGUGAAAUCCGAGCCGAUGGAUGAGUCAUACGAGCAGUGCUGCACAACGGAGGCCACGCCUCUUAACUACAGCAGGGUUGGAACCUCGGAGAUCCGAGCUAUAGGCCCAGUACCUGACCUGAUCCAGGUGCCGAGCAGCGACCAGGUGAUAGGGGAGGAGCAAAGCUUAAAACAAGAAGAGAGUUCUGAUGGCUUUAUUGACUUAACAAAGAAGAGCAAGAAGGAAGAACUCAAGGUUCCUGUUCCUAUUGCACUAUUUAUAAACCAGGUUGAGAAAGAGCCUGGUUCUAGUGCUCAAGCGGUGACCUCUUUGUCUGGGGAGACAGCUUCAGGUGUUGUCAAUGGGGAGCAACCUAAGCUCUCGGAUGUGGCGAGUUCGUCUCCAACGAUCAAGUCCUUGCUUCAGAGGAAAACGCCAGUGAAGCGCCCACUUUCGCCAACAUGCGUUCUUUGUCACAUGAUGUUUGCAAACCACCAUCAGCUCUCAGCUCACAUGCUGGAGAAGCACACGGACGCAACCGAUUUGAAUUUAGCGAAGAGGAAACUGUUUCAGUGUACGGUGUGUGCAAAAGUUUUCAAGGAAGGCUCGCGUCUGGAGAGGCACAUGAAGACGCACAAAGGGAAAGGGAUUGCACGCUGUUCGGGAUGCAAGCAAGUAUUUGAUAAUAAAGAUAAGUUUGCAGAGCAUUCUUUGUUGUGUUCCCCAGCCGGGCUCCGCUGUGACAACUGUGGGGAAAUUUUCAGCGAUCGCCCAUCCUACGCAGAACACGUCAAAACUCAUCAAUCGGAUGUUUUAUUUCUGGUCAAACCGUAUCAGUGUGCUAUUUGCAACAGCACUUUUGAGAAUUGCAACCUGUUGCAAGAGCACAUGGAGCAGCAUAAGUCUGGGCAGAUUACUGUGCCGUGCUGCAGGUGCCGUCAGCAUUUCACCUCGUGGCGAGUUGACAGCGGUGGCUGGUCUUCAAUUUGUGAAGAAUGUGAAGUCAAGUGGCCGAAAGACAAAACAAACACGUCGCUGCUGAGACAAAACCUGUCCGGCAUGUCUGUCUUGUUACAAGCGGUCGAGCGAACUGUUAAAGGAUCAGAGACUAACUAA